AUGCCUAGCAUUGCGAACGCCUGCCGUGCAAGCGACUUGCACCCGUACCACGGACGGGAAAAGGGGAUCGCUCCAAACACCGUCGUGGGGCAUGAAUUCGUGGGCGUCAUUGUGGCCAAGGGAGCCGAGGUCUCGGGGCUGGAGGUGGGCGACCGGGUGGCCUCCCCUUUCACGUCGUGCUGUGGAGACUGCUUCUACUGCCGCAAGGGGGCGCCCUGCAGGUGCGACCAUGCACAAGCGCACCUCUUUGGGUGGAUCUCGGCGGGGGAAGACAAGCUGCCGGACGACGUGUCCGACGAGGGGGGUCUGCUAGCGGGAGACAUCCUGUCCACCGCCUUCUUUUGUGCGGAGCGGGGCGAAGUGGGUGAAGGCGCCACUGCGGUGGUGCUGGGCUGCGGGCCCGUGGGGCUGCUCUGCGUCAUGGCCGCCAAGAAGCUGGGGGCGAACACGAUUUUCGCUGUGGACUCGGUUCCGGAGCGCCUGGCAGUUGCGGAGGAGCUGGGCGCCCGGCCGCUGCGGCUGCAGCUGCCCCAGCGCGCACAGCCAUUUACAACGUCGCCGCAGCAGCCGGCGGCGCGUGAGGAACAACCGCCGCCAGCACCGGCAUCCGCAUCACCUCCAACUCCCCAGGAAGCAGGACCGGCAGGCGACGGCAGUUCGCAGGAGGCCCUGAUAGCGGUGGUGAUGGCGGCGACGGAAGGCAGGGGCGCGGAUUGCGUGCUGGAGGCCGUGGGGGCUAACAGUGCGUUGCGGCUGGCGUAUGAGCUGGUCCGCCCCAUGGGGACCAUCUCUUCUGUGGGGGUCAACACCAACAGCAGCUUCCCCUUCUCGCCUGUAGAUGCGUACAACAAGAACGUCACCUUUCGCUGCGGACGCUGCCCCGCUCGUGCUUACAUGACCCGCCUGCUCCCGUUGCUACGGGAACCGCCGCCAGGCGGCGCCGCUGUUACUGAGACGACUAUUGCCGAUAUGGCGCUGCCCUGGCGGCGGAUUAUCACGCACCGUAUGCCGCUAAGCAAGGGGCCGGAGGCGUACGACAUGUUUGCGAGACGAGCUGACGGCUGCAUUAAGAUAGUCUUAGAUCCGUGGGCGUGA